AAGUGACAAACAUCUCUUUCACUGUUUGUCUCGUGAUGGACGAACGGCGGGGUGGUCCCUCGAUCUUUGACGUGGUUCAUCAUGCCUGAGAUACUGGACCAAUGUUUGUCAAGCUCUCAGCCCUCUUCCUCUUCCCACUCUGAAUCUUCUUCUCCCCCUGUCACUCCUUUGAUUCGUCGCCCCUCCCAACAGUCUAACUCUCAGGCCCGGGAAAUAAUUGCCCAGGAGCCUGUCCCUCUGAAUCAACUGCCCGGUCGAUUCAAUCCCAAGGUCCUCAGCUGGGAGCAAUGGGAAGAACGACUGGGAUCCUUGGGCUUCCUAGCCCUUGAUGUUAGACCGGUGUUCAAAGAGUCUUCCAGGGUUACCAAAAAGUGGGCUGACCGGGUUAUAAAACCUGAAAGGGUUCAUCCGGAGCCCACUAAAGAUCUUGAGGACGCCUGCGAGAAACUUCUCAAGGGUGAUCCUGUGACCGGGAAACCUUAUGCCUAUGGAGGCUGGGUAUUCCGGCUACCUAAUCCGGAUGGGGGUGAAUCUGCGACCCAUGACGCAAAAGAUGACCGGGCCGAUUCCCCGGAUGGUCAUGUUGAGGCCAGUUCUCCUCAUCCGGGUCGAUCAUCUUCUCUUAAGCUUCUUACUUUCAUUUUCUUUAUUUAUGUACAAGGUUUAAAAACUAACCAGUCAUUUGUUGUUUUGUUCUUUUUCGCAGACAUGAACUUCAACAGGAUGACCACCAUCAUCGAAGAUGACAACGAUGAUGUCCAAGUCCUCCACUCCAACCGGUCUCCUCUCUCCAAUCCUCCUUCUCCUCCUCACUUUCCUGGAAUGGAUGGGGCCACAAGUGCCCGGUGUAGCCCUAUCCAUGAGCAGAGCCAGAAGCUGAAAUCUCCUUCAGCGAGGCAUCAUUCUGAGAGUGACCGGGCUAAUCCCCCCAAAGUCCCGGUCCAAUCAGGUGCUAAAGAGGUCGGUGCAUCUUCUUCUUCAAAAGCCAAGGACCAAAAAAGGAAGAGCUCUCAUAAGAGUUCCAGGGGAGGCAAGAAGAGGAAGAUUAGUUUAUCAGACAGGGAGGGGGAAUCCAUCGAAGAAGCCUUCCUAUCCCUGGCCAAAAAACUCAGCAAGGCCGGGGUCAUUUCAGAGGAGAUUGGCCAAACAAUCAAGGAGAAGGACCAGGUCUCCGAACUCACCCUUCUCCUUGAUUCUGCUAAGUUAGAGAUUAAUGACCGGGCAAAAAGGGAGAGGAGGCUUGAGGAAGAGCUGAAGGAAGAGAGGGCCAUGUUAGAGGAGGAAAGGAUCAAAUUAGAGGAAGAAAGGGCCAAGUUGGUGGAGGAGAAGAGGAAGGUGGCCGAGCUGGAAGAUGCUUUGGCCCAAGCCAAAGAAACUGCCCGGUCAAAGGAGGAGGCAUUCCCCAUUGAAGCUGCUGGCUGGGCUGCGCGCAAUCACUUGGAAGUAGCCCGGUCUAUACUCACUGCACCGGAGGAGACCAUGGAUUUCUUCAAGACUAUGUACAAAGAACCGGAGGGCAAGAGAAUGAUAACAGAGAUCGGUUCAUACGGCUUCCAAUGUGGGCAGAAGGAUGAGAGGUCCCUUCUUUAUGCCAGACUUCAGAAGAGGGACCCUUCCUUUGACCCGGCCAAGAUGAAGCUUCCGGCUUUGUACGAGGAAGUGCCAACUCCCCCCUUUCCCCUAGAGUAGGUUAGGGUUUGGUUUGAAAAAACUUUGAAUUUUCCC